AGCCGCUCGCGCUUCGCCCGGCGCAAAGUGCGCGCGGAAUUCAGCGCUUCCGGACACCGCGCGACUCGAGCGAGCGCAUCCGCGGCCGGCUGACCGCCGCACCGACUCACUGGGCUAAGUUUGUCUGCCGUUCAUAUCAAUUCACACUGUCCUGCCCGAUCCACCCCUGUCACUUCCAGCGAGUUAGACAUUUACAAAGGAAGAUGGUGCGUAUGGAAAGCUGAUGUGUGGAUCUGAAGCUCUGUUUCCAGGGUGAUGAGCUGUGUGGUUUAAAAAUAUCGAAUAUUAUGGGCUGUGCUUGCUGUAAGCAGAGGAAGGCCAGUAAAGCUGUGUCGAGUCCCAACUCAUGUGACACAGGCAAUGGGACACAGGCAUCAGAACCCUCUCGUUACAUCGCAGACCCCACUUUUAACUCUGGGAUGAUCCCCAAUUUUAAUGACUUUUCCACCCCUGCUCCCUCAUCCAAUUUCAACACGUCCCGCCCAGCUCCCAUCACAGGAGGUGGCGUAAUGCACUUUAUAGCACUUUAUGACUAUGAUGCACGUACAGAGGAUGACCUGAGCUUCCAGAAAGGAGAAAAGUUCCAUAUUAUCAACAGCACCGAGGGUGACUGGUGGGAGGCUCGAUCUCUGGACACGGGGAAGUCUGGGUACAUCCCUAGUAACUAUGUGGCCCCUGUGGACUCCAUACAAGCUGAGGAGUGGUAUUUUGGGAAGAUGGGCCGGAAGGAUGCAGAACGACAGUUGUUAGCACAGAACAAUCCUAGAGGGACGUUCUUAAUACGAGAGAGCGAGACAACUAAAGGAGCAUACUCUUUGUCGAUCAGAGACUGGGAUGAUGCAAAGGGCGAACAUGUCAAGCACUAUAAAAUUAGGAAGCUGGACAAUGGCGGUUAUUACAUCACGACAAGGACACAGUUUGAUACUGUCCAGGAGCUGGUGGAGCAUUACACAGAGCGUGCAGCAGGGCUGUGCUGCCGUUUGAUUGGCAGCUGUAGGCGGGGCAUGCCAAAGCUGGCUGACCUGUCAGUGAAGACUAAGGAUGUCUGGGAGAUUCCCAGGGAGUCACUUCAGCUCAUUAAGAAACUGGGCAAUGGCCAGUUUGGUGAAGUGUGGAUGGGUAGUAAUGAUGGUUUAUGUUGCUACUUGACUAAAGCCUGUCCAAAUGCCACGCCCCAAACGAUGGGUUUAGGGCGGGACGCCUGGGAGAUCGCCCGUGAUACAUUGCAGCUCAACAGGAAGUUGGGUCAGGGUUGUUUUGGCGACGUCUGGAUGGGCAUGUGGAAUGGCACAACUAAAGUUGCAGUGAAGACCCUGAAGCCAGGCACCAUGUCUCCUGAGGCCUUCCUGGAUGAGGCGCAGAUCAUGAAGAGGCUCCGGCAUGAUAAACUGGUACAGCUAUAUGCUGUUGUGUCUGAGGAGCCCAUCUACAUAAUCACUGAGUUUAUGAGUCAAGGAAGCUUGUUGGACUUCUUGAAAGAUGGAGAUGGCAGAAAUCUAAAAUUGCCUCAACUUGUGGAUAUGGCAGCCCAGAUUGCUUCAGGCAUGGCCUAUAUCGAGCGGAUGAACUACAUCCACAGAGACCUGCGAGCUGCCAACAUCCUGGUUGGAGACGGUCUGGUCUGUAAGAUCGCAGACUUUGGGCUGGCUAGACUCAUCGAGGACAACGAGUACACAGCUAGACAAGGAGCCAAGUUUCCGAUAAAGUGGACUGCCCCAGAGGCUGCUCUUUAUGGUAAAUUUACCAUCAAAUCAGAUGUGUGGUCUUUUGGUAUCCUAUUGACUGAGCUCAUCACCAAGGGCAGAGUGCCUUACCCAGGGAUGAACAACAGAGAGGUUCUGGAGCAGGUGGAGCGUGGCUAUCGGAUGCCGUGUCCGCAGGGCUGCCCGGCGUCUCUGCAUGAAUUGAUGCUGCAGUGCUGGCGGAAGGAUCCUGAUGAAAGGCACACCUUUGAGUACCUGCAGAGCUUCCUGGAGGACUACUUUACUGCUACCGAACCCCAGUACCAGCCUGGAGAAAACCUGUGAUAGACUUUAGUUUCCAUUAGUUCAAUAUAUCCUUCAGGAAAGAUGCAAUUGCCUUUACUUUCUAUCAUAAUACCUCCAGAAACUGAUCCAUGAUCCUGCGAUCACAAGCUCCAAUUGAACAUGCUUUAGUGCAUUUCCUCAUUCUGUGCUUCAAACUGAAAAAGGCUUUUCAAGAUACUGCUCUCAAGUGGCAAGAUUGGGUCACUUUAUAAGUCUGAAGUAAUACAGUGGGGUAAAUGUUAAUGUUGGUUUUGUAACUUAAAAUACAACAGCACAUAUUAAUAUACCGUAUUAAUGCUUCAUCUUUUCAUUAAAACAAUAGCAAUUAGUUACCUAUGCUAUCGUAUUACUAUAUCCACCACUGUAUUUGAAUGUUCUGUUCAAGUUAUUUUUAAUUGGUGCCUGGUGGAGUUACGCUCAACAGAAAACAUUGCUCUGAUACACAGGUGGAACUAGAUAACUGAGAUUUUAUCUAAUCUUAUUACACCCAAUUAGACUUAUCUAAUCAGUGGUGUGUUUUAUGAUUAAUGUGCUAUACAGGUCUAAACUCCAAUAACAGAGAAAGAUCUUCCAGCUCAAGAGAAAGGCCACGUGAACCUUCUUCUUACAUACAAGCUUCUGAAUGUGCAGUUUUUAAUGUAACAAUUCAGUCUUUUUUUUUUGUCUGACAAAAAAGUAAAUUGAAUGCAAAGGAUCCAAAAAUGAAAUCUUGAAAUAUUAGUGUAUACGUCACAGUGCAGAGCUAAUCAGGAUGUGCCUUGAAAUGUCUUUAUAGUCUUGCAUUUGUUUCUCUGGACUGUGUUCAUUCGGCUAGUCGUGUUAUUGCUUUCUAAUAACCCUUUUUUGUUUAACUUUGAAUCUAACAAUCCUGUAUUAUCUUAUUAGAAAGCAGUUCUGUUGUAUAAUAGUGGGCUUUAUUGUGGCUUUAAAAAGCUCAGUAUUGACAUUCAGAAAAGACUUCCUUCGGAGCCGUCUUUUAAAAUGAGAAAAACUACUGUUUUGUAUUGUUUCCUGCAUGUUACACUGUAUUUUACUUUCUACGUCAUAUCUCAGUGAUUUGCUUUAUAAUUUAAGUGGAUAUCAAACCUGUGUCCUUAUUCGGGGUCAGUGAUAUUCUACGGGGAUAGGCUGUAACUCUGAACUGAAGAAUGUGUAUUACAGUUAUGUAAUGUUUGUGCCAUUUUAUUAUACUGAGCUUACUGAACCCAUGCAUCUAACAUGUUUCUUUUUUGGCAGGAUGCUUUCACGUUUAUUCAUAUAGCGUUUUAUACAAUAAAGCAGCUUCAGUAAUGAACAGAAAAA